AUGCAAGGCCAAUCAUUCCUUGUUUCAUCUUUCUCCCCCAUCCACACCCGUCGACAACUCUCACACUCAUCUUUCCUCGGCAACCCGCAACCCUCCCUCCCCAUCGCCUCAACAACCCUCCACCCAAAAACGAUACCAUCAAGCUCUCCACUCUGCUACUCCCAAUUUUCAAAAACCCUUCAGAACAUGGCCACCCCGGCCUUCGCCGCAACCACCCCGCUCUCAGCCACGCCCUUCACAGCCAACCACCUCCUCUGCCCCCCACACCCCCCUUCCUACUCACUCACGCGUCGUCCCCGAUCAGUAACCCCGCCGUUCACCAUGCAGGCGAAACGGUUCGUUCCACCUCCGCCACCACGCUCUCAUCCCCACUCGCCCAUCUGACCACAUUCCACCUCGCCCUCCCCACCCGUCAGACCCCUGGCCUCUCGCCUCGCGAGCGGCGCUCUUAAGAUGCUCAUCCAGUCCCUGUGCACCGUCACGGAUGACCUUGACGUCGAUAUUCAAGCUUCCAGCAACAUCGCGCUUCUUACAGGCAACCUAAAAUCCGUUUCGGUCACUGUGUCUCGCAUCGUCUUCAACGGCUUUUCCGUCUCGGCCGGCGCGGCUCUAUACACAGAUCAAAUCUCCAUCCGUCCGCCCCCACCCGGUACACCGCUCGCAUCCCCGCCAAAACUCGCAAGCCCCUUCUCCGUCUCCGUCCGAGCUAAUCUCACGGAGGCAGACCUGAAUCGCGAGGGGCCCGUCCGCGACGCCAUCGAAGCGCUACUGAGGCAGAUUCUUGCCACGGGACUUAGCGGCGCCAUUGGUAGGGUAUUACCCCGGGAAAUUGGAGGAAUAGAGUGCGUCUUGGAUAGCGUCGAGCUUUGCGAUGCGCCCACGCGCCGACAGAGUGACCACUGGGGACGGGCCAGCACCCCGAUUACUCACCCCAAAACCGCGGGAGGGAAGCUCAUGCUCCACGCACGUGCAUCACUUUCGUCUGGGCGCGUUCUUCGAUUUGCGGUUCGCUCUGGUCUUUGCACAGAGGCCAAUGGGAGUAUCGUCAAGUUGAGUAAUCCCGAAUUAAUCUGGCGUCAGUUUUCUGUCCCCAUGCUUACCAUUGAUACCAUUGGCUUGCAACUUGACGACACCACCAAGCUUACCGACGUUCAGAUUGACAGGGGCGUACUAUCGGGUGACGGCAUCUUGGUCAUUUCUCCGCCUCCGGAUAACUCGAGACUCCUGCCAUCCGAGAAUCAGAUAGGGCGAAGCUCAAACGGAUCACAAACCAAUCCUAGGAGAAUAGGGAUGCGUAUGUCGGCAGCUUCUGUUGGCUAGUUGCGAUUAAUGUACAACUGGAUUCAACGGCUCACCCUAUCGAGUUUGUACAACAGUAAAGCGACCGCAUGAACGCAAGCAAUAGAAUGUUAGAGAUCAA